UAGGGUUCCUUUAUAUUCCUCGAGCUUUAAAAAAAAAGCACGACACGUACAAAGCGGCGUCUAGGGUUUCGAAGAGGGAUCGAGAGGAAGAAGAUGUCGAAGAAGAACAACCUCGCGAAGAGGAAGAAGCAGCACCAAUUCGACCUCCAGAGAGAGCGAGAGGAGAGGGAGAAGCAGGCGAAGAAUCUCCAAGCGAAGAAGUCGAAGAUGAAGAUAGAUAGCGGUAAUACGAAGAGGAGAAAUGCUGGAAAAUUUAAGGUUGGUAAGAAGAAGCUGAAAACCAAGCUAUCAGCACUAGCAAAGGCCAAAGCAGCGCAAGCAAUGGAGCUCGACAAAUAGAACCGGUAGAUGGGUGGUGAAUGAGCACAAGUUGUUUUUUCACUGCGGUUGCUUGGAUUCCGCCGAUUUUGAUCUUUCGCCGCUGUAUAAUGAUGUACAUGCAGUGGCUCUCUUUCUUUUUCCUGUUCAAGUUACCAAGGUUUUUUUUUUUUCAUUUUUUUCGUUUAGGCCUUGAAAUAGUUGUAAUUCGUGAGUUGGCGCGGCAAGUUUUACUUAUUGUACUUAAACAUAAUCUUUAGUGUUGUUUGGACAUGUGUUUUAACCUCA